GGCUGCUCUGGAACCAUGACGCUCGCCUGCUUUGUGGUGGCUCUGGUUUUAGGGGCGCUCCCCGAAGUGAUCGGCUUUGAUCUAGUCGUCACUUAUCCCCUCCACCACCGCUAUCGCCAUUCGACCCCGGCAAGUCCCCGGCACCUUUAUUACCUUCCCACCCAGCAGCGACCACAGAGGACGCCUCCGCCACCCCCUGUCCCGCGCGUCCCGCGCCCCCCGCCCGCGCUGCAUGCCCAGCGCCUGCACGCCCUCCACGCCGGGCGCACGCCAGGGCCGCACCACCGGGACUGCCCCGUCGGCGAGCCCUGGGUCAACGUGACGGACUUCGGCGCCCCUUGUCUGCGCUGGGCAGAGGUGCCGCCCUUCCUCGAGCGGUCGCCCCCGGCGAGCUGGGCUCAGCUGCGAGGGCAGCGCCACAACUUCUGCCGGAGCCCGGACGGCGCGGGCCGACCCUGGUGCUUCUAUGGGCACGCCCACGGCAAGGUGGACUGGGGCUACUGCGACUGCAGACACGGGUCAGUGCGGCUUCGAGGUGGCAAACAUGAGUUUGAAGGCACCGUGGAAAUAUAUGCAAAUGGAGCUUGGGGCACAGUCUGUGGCAGCCACUGGGAUGAUUCUGAUGCCUCCGUCAUUUGUCACCAGCUGCAGCUGGGGCGAAAAGGAGUCGCAAAACAAACCCCAUUUUCUGGACUGGGCCUUAUUCCCAUUUAUUGGAGCAAUGUCCGUUGCCGAGGAGAUGAAGAAAAUAUACUGCUUUGUGAAAAAGACAUCUGGCAGGGUGGGGCGUGUCCUCAGAAGAUGGCAGCUGCUGUCACGUGUAGCUUUUCCCAGGGCCCGACAUUCCCCGCCAUACGCCUCGUGGGUGGGAGCAGCGCGCGGGAAGGCCGAGUGGAAAUCUACCAUGCUGGUCAUUGGGGGACUGUCUGUGAUGACCAGUGGGAUGAAGCAGACGCAGAGGUGAUCUGCAGGCAGCUGGGCCUGAGUGGCAUUGCCAAAGCAUGGAAUCAGGCGUAUUUUGGGGAAGGCUCUGGUCCAAUCAUGUUGGAUGAGGUACGCUGCACUGGGAAUGAGCUUUCUAUUGAGCAAUGUCCAAAGAGUUCCUGGGGAGAGCAUAACUGUGACCAUAAGGAAGAUGCUGGAGUGUCCUGUACCCCUCUAACAGAUGGAGUCAUCCGACUUGGAGGUGGUAAAGGCAGCCACGAGGGCCGCCUGGAGGUGUAUCACCGGGGACGGUGGGGGACUGUCUGUGAUGAUGGCUGGACUGAGCUGAAUACAUACGUGGUUUGCCGACAGCUGGGAUUUAAAUAUGGCAAACAAGCCUCUGCAAACCACUUUGAAGAAAGCACAGGGCCCAUAUGGUUGGAUGACGUCAGCUGCUUAGGAAAGGAGUCCAGUUUGGUUCAGUGUUCCCGGAGGCAGUGGGGAAGGCACGACUGCAGCCAUCGGGAGGAUGUUGGCAUCACCUGCUACCCUGGUGGCAAUGGAUACAGACUAUCUCUGGGUUUUCCUAUCAGACUGGUGGAUGGAGAAAAUAAAAAGGAAGGACGAGUGGAGUUGUUCAUCAAUGGCCAGUGGGGAACCAUUUGUGAUGAUGGCUGGACUGAUAAGGAUGCAACUGUGAUCUGUCGUCAGCUUGGCUACAAGGGCCCUGCCAAAGCAAGAACCAUGGCUUAUUUUGGAGAAGGAAACGGACCCAUCCAUGUGGACAAUGUGAAGUGCACAGGAAACGAGAGGUCCCUGGCUGACUGUAUCAAGCAAGAUAUUGGAAGACAUAACUGCCGCCACAGUGAAGAUGCAGGAGUCAUUUGUGAUUAUUUUAGCAAGAAGGCAACUGGUAACAGUAAUAAAGAAUCCCUCUCGUCUGUGUGUGGCUUGAGAUUACUGCACCAUCGGCAGAAGCGGAUCAUUGGUGGGAAAAAUUCUUUAAGGGGUGGUUGGCCUUGGCAAGUAUCCCUCCGGCUAAAGUCAUCCCAUGGAGAUGGCAGGCUUCUUUGUGGGGCCACACUCCUGAGUAGCUGCUGGGUCCUUACAGCGGCGCACUGCUUCAAGAGGUAUGGUAACAGCACAAGGAACUAUGCUGUUAGGGUUGGGGAUUAUCAUACUUUGGUGCCAGAAGAAUUUGAAGAAGAAAUCAGAGUUCAGCAGAUUGUGAUUCAUCGGGGGUAUCGACCUGACAGCAGUGACUAUGACAUCGCUCUGGUUAGAUUAGAAGGACCAGAAGAGCAAUGUGUUAGAUUUAGCGGCCAUGUUUUGCCGGCCUGUUUGCCACUCCGGAGAGAGAGGCCACAGAAAACCGCCUCCAAUUGUUACAUAACAGGAUGGGGAGACACAGGAAAAGCCUAUUCAAGAACUCUACAACAAGCAGCCAUCCCCCUGCUUCCCAAGAGGUUCUGUGAAGAACGUUAUAAGGGUCGGUUUACAGGAAGAAUGCUCUGUGCUGGAAAUCUGCAGGAACACAAACGUGUUGACAGCUGCCAGGGAGACAGUGGAGGACCACUCAUGUGUGUUCGGUCAGGAGAGAGUUGGGUUGUGUAUGGGGUGACCUCCUGGGGGUAUGGCUGUGGAGCCAAGGAUUCACCUGGUGUCUAUACCAAAGUCUCAGCCUUUGUACCUUGGAUAAAAAGUGUCACCAAAAUAUAAUCCUUCACAGAAAUC